CUGUAACCACGACAGGAGAUAGUCUCUCUCUCUCCCCCCUUCUCUCUCUCUCUCUCUCUCUCCCUCCAGUGGCGAAACUAUUUAGUAAAUCCAUGGCGUGUGUGUGCAUGCAUGUGUUUGAUAAGUUGUUGUGUUGUGUGUAGAGAAAUGGGUGAAGCCCCGGUCCCGGUUACAGGCUGCAGUCUCUCAGCCGGUGUUCACGGUUUGUAGCAGACGCUCACUGGACUUCACCAUCAGCUGUAACUUUUUAAAUUAGUUUUGAGUUAUGACGUCAGAGGGGAAUCAUGGAGAUACCGUGCAGGACCCUCUGUUCACUGAGGAGAGUGAGGAAGGGUACAGAAACCCUACUGAGGUCAAGAUGAGUCAGAUCGUGCUGCCAUGCCAUGCCAACCACUGUGGAGAGCUGAGCGUCGGACAGCUGCUGAAGUGGAUGGACUCCACGGCCUGCUUGUCUGCUGAGAGACAUGCAGGUUGUUCCUGUAUCACUGCAUCUGUGGAUGACAUCCAUUUUGAACACACCAUAGGGGUGGGAAAGGUAGUCAACAUCAUAGCAAAGGUCAACAGAGCCUUCACGUCCAGUAUGGAGGUGGGUAUAUUGGUGACUUGUGAGGACCUUUACACUGCUAAGCAGUGGAAGGUUUGCCAUGCCUUUGCUACCUUUGUGGCCAGACGAACUGAAGCUGGAAAGGUACAACUCAAGCAGGUGAUUCCUCACACACAAAUGGAGCAGAUGGAGUAUAGCCUGGCAGCAGAGCGAAGGAGGAUGAGGCUCAUCCAUGCUGAGAUCAUUACGGACCUACUGAGCAGCAGCACAGCUCAGCUGGGUGAAUGCCGGGAGUAUCAGGACGCUGUGCCAGCCGAGCGGACACGAGUGGAGAGUGUAGAGCUGGUGCUACCACCACAUGCCAACCACCAAGUCAGCACCUUUGGGGGUCAAAUCAUGGCCUGGAUGGAAAAUGUGGCCACAAUUGCAGCAAGUCGCUUGUGUAACGCUCACCCAACCUUGAGGAGCAUAGACAUGUUCCAUUUCCGCGGCCCGUCUCACAUUGGUGACCGACUGGUGUUGAAGGCCAUUGUUAACAAUGCCUUCAAGCACAGCAUGGAGGUGGGCGUGUGUGCUGAGGCCUACCAGGGUGGAGAACCUCUGCGCCAUAUAAAUAGUGCUUUUAUGACCUUUGAGGUGCUGGACAGUGACAGGAAACCAAGUACGCUGCCACGGAUACGACCUGAGCCUGUGGAUGGAAAAAGACGUUAUCAAGAAGCUGUUGCCAGAAAGAAGAUUCGCCUUGACAGGAAAUACAUUAUCUCCUGCAAGCAAACUGAAGUGCCUCUGUCUGUACCCUGGGAUCCAAGUAACCAGAUGUACCUGAGCUACAAUAAUGUAUCAGCACUGAAACUAAUGGAUACCAGAAACAACUGGGUAUUAACUUCUGAGAAAAACAAGGUUAGGCUGUACACGCUGGAGGAAAACCACAUGCUGUGCUUCAAGGUGGAGAUGCACGUCAGUGUACCAGCAGAACAGACGUUCCACCUACUGUCAGACCUGAGGAGGAGAAAGGAGUGGGACCAGCACUAUGAGGAGUGUGAGAUGAUCAACCAAGCGGAUGAGGAAGACACCCUUUAUCGCGUAGCUACCCCGUCUGUCAGUAAAGGGGGCAAAGGCAAGGACUUUAUCUUGCUGGCAUCUCGGAGGAAGCCAUGUGACUCCAGGGACCCAUAUCUGAUCGCUCUGCGCUCUGUCACUUUACCCACUCACCCUCCCACUGAGGACUACACCAGGGGAGAGGUGCUCUGUGCUGGCUUUACAAUCUGGGAAGAGUCCAGUACUGUCACCAAGAUCACCUACUACAACCAGGCUACACCGGGUGUCCUCCCCUACAUCUCCACAGAUAUCGCUGGCCUAUCCUCCAGCUUUUACAGUGCCUUUUCUGCCUGUAGCCACUUCCUGGAGACCAACAAAGACAGCCUGGCUGCUCUGCCACCUUCUGCACUGUGACACAACACUGCCGCCAUGGUCUCCCUACAGAAGGAGGAAGGAGGGAUGACGAUAACCUCUGUGACUUCAUCUCAUUUCACCUCUGUUGUGGAGGUGCUGUGCUGUUGAAGAAGCCAUAGUUGGAUGCAAGUGUCCGAUUAUGAGAUUACUGACGUCUGUGCAAUGGUUUUAUAGUUGGUUUUUUUUCAAAGUCUGAGUUCUUACUGUGUGACUUUGUCCCAUUUGAAAAUGAGAGAAAUCCUCUUUAAAUAAAUAGACUGUAUAGUUUACUGAACUCGUUUUCAGCAGUAUUAUAGGUAUGAAGCAAGACUGCACAAUGUCUCCGAGUCUCUUGUAUUUUAAGCCCCUUAAGCUGUAUUAUAGAAAACUUUCUGUGCUAUACUAAUUUAUAGGUCGAUGAAUUUUGGUACUUAAGUUUAAGUAUUUAACACAAUCUUUAGACAGCCAUCUCUUUAAUGCCAGUCUGUACAGAAACUAAGAUGAGGAUAGAAAAAGUCUAAGCUGAGAUGUUUGAAUCAGCCUCUUUUGAUAUUUUUUACCUCCUAAAUGAAGUUUUUAUUUGAUUAAGACCUAAAAUGUAAGUAAGCCAAUAUGUAUAUAUUUUAGAGGACAACUUUUGCACUGAUUGUAUAACAUGUUGACAUUCAAUGCCGAGUUUCUUACAUGACAAGCUGCUUUCUCGAUUGAAACAAUAAACACAACAGACCAGUGGAUUAUGCUCA